UCUCAUCAUUUUGGUAUUAUUCUAAAGCUAGCUCUUCCUUUUUUUUAUCUAUGUACUUUUUUUUCUCUCUUCUUCUGUUCAUUUGAAUACAGAUAUAAUUCAAGAUAAUAAUAAUAAAAAAUGAACGACUGGGCUGGUCCGAUCAUAGCAACAGCACUAUUUGGAUUUCUAUCUCCAGGAUUGUUGUUUCAAAUGCCAGGGAAGAUUACGCCAGUUGAUUUCAUGAACAUGAAGACCAGUUGGAUUUCCAUAUUGGUUCAUGCUCUCCUCUUUGGUUUGAUCCUCAUUCUUGUACUUGUUAAUUUCAAUCUACAUCUAUAUGUUUAAAAUUAAAUUAAUUACUAGUUAGCCAAUACAGGCAGACUGUUUUAUUUAAUAUAAAUAAACAUGCUUCUUUCAGUGC